GACGCAUGGCCGACGCCGGACCCGUUUAUCAAAUAUCGAAUCGAUCAUCUUAUACACAUCCACAAUAUCACAAGUACUAUAUAUAAUUUUGAAUAUUUGAUCGAUCACUGCACAGCUCCAAACCAAUUCAUGGAUUUCCCCUUUCAGUUCUCAGCAAGUGCUGUACUUAUUCUGUUUGCCUUUAUUACGCCCACGAUCUACUAUUUGUUUCGGAUUCCAGGAAAGGGGAUAAGCAAGAAGAGAGCACCGCCGGAAGCUGCCGGUGCAUGGCCCCUUAUUGGCCAUCUCCAUCUUCUAAGAGGCUCACAACCGCCCCAUAUAACGUUGGGAAACUUGGCUGACAAGCAUGGUCCGAUAUUCACCGUCAAGCUUGGAGUCCAUCGAGCUUUGAUAGUGAGUAACUGGGAGAUGGCCAAGGAGUGUCUGAGGAUCAAUGACAAAGCUUUCGCUACUCGACCUAAAACUCUUGCAAUGGAUAUCUUGGGCUACAAUUACAGCAUUCUUAGUUUUAGCCCCUACGGAACUUAUUGGCGUCUGAUACGCAAGAUAGUCACUCUUGAGGUUCUCUCUAAUCAUCGACUGGAGAUGUUCAAACACGUUCGAGAGGAUGAGGUAAGGGAUGCUGUAGGCGCGUUAUACCAGCAAUGGAUCCUGAACAAAAGUAAUUCACAAAAGCUUUUGGUGGAGAUGAAGAGAUGGUUUAACGACAUAACUUUAAACAUUAUAUUGAAGAUAAUUGUUAGCAAGCGAUAUGUGGAUCAUGCAAGCCAUGGAGAGGAAAAGGCGAGCGAUGAAUGGAGGGAUUCACUGAGAACAUUUUUAGAAUUGUCAGGAAUGUUUGUAGUGUCCGACGCACUUCCAUUUUUAAGAUGGUUGGAUUUGGGAGGAGCUGAGAAGGCAAUGAAAAGGACAGCAAAAAAUCUAGACCAUGCGGUUGAAAAAUGGUUAGAAGAGCACAAGCAGAGGAAGGCUUCUGGGACAGCUAAGGGAGAAGAAGAUUUCAUGGAUUUGAUGCUGUCCGUUUUGGAUGAUGCUAAAGAGCUUUCUAAUCGCAGUGCUGAUACCAUCAACAAGGCUACAUGUCUGGUAUGCUAUUUUUCUACAAUCUUAUGGUAGAACAUUAAUUAAUGGACACACACACACACAUAUAAAA